AAUCCGUAUUCGGAAACAUACGGAGUGCAACGGUUCGAUAAAACCGCGCACGACUACGGUCGACCGCCUCCGGGCAGCAAAACCGAAGCACGUGGGAUCAAGGCCGGGGUACAUGUGUGUCGUGAAAUCCUAUACCUCUGCGAGGUCAUCAACCAGCACGCUGAAGGUGAAGAACCGAACAAGUGGAUUAAAUUCGGCAGAUUGUUCUAUAUCUACUCAUAUUAUUCAGAUAAGGUAUAA